CGUAUGAUCUUACUUCCAAGGAUUCUGUCAACUGUUUUUGUUUUUGACUUGGCCUUCCUAUUGGUAGAAGAAUGCUACUGACUACUGAUUUUAAUUUGGUAGAAGAAUUUAUUUUUUUCUACCAUGACAUGCUCGAAUCACCACUUUUAUGAACUUGAAGUUUUGUAUUAGUCUCAGGAUCUUUCUGAUAUUGUUUUCUUGAUCAUUACUUCACCGCCUGAGGAUUUCCACAAGUGGACUAAAAGAUGUAUGUGGUGGAGAGCAAAGGAGGUGCCAUAGCUUGCAUGCUUCUAGCCCUCUUCUUCUUGGGGACAUGGCCUGCUAUCUUGACCCUUUUAGAGAGAAGAGGCAAGUUGCCUCAGCACACUUAUCUUGAUUAUUCAAUCACUAAUCUCUUGGCUGCCAUAAUUAUAGCCUUUACAUUUGGUGAAAUUGGAAACAGCACACCUAAGAUGCCCAACUUUCUAAUCCAGCUCUCCCAGGAAAAUUGGCCCUCUGUGUUAUUUGCAAUGAUAGGAGGAGUGGUCCUUAGCCUUGGAAAUCUCUCAACUCAGUAUGCUUGGGCUUUAGUUGGUUUGUCAGUUACAGAAGUCAUCACCUCAAGCUUAGCAGUUGUUAUAGGAACGACCAUGAACUACUUUUUAGACGACCGAAUUAAUAGAGCUGAGAUCCUUUUCCCCGGCGUUGGUUGCUUCUUGAUUGCAGUUUGUCUUGCAUCUGCUGUCCACUCUUCUAAUGCAGCUGAUAAUGAAGCAAAGCUUAAAAGCUUGCCAUCUGAUCAGAAAGAAGGAGAGUUACAAAUGUCCACAUUGCCAGAUAAGGUUGGGUCAGAAGAUUUAGAAGAUGGUCGUGUCUCUUCCAAGAAGACUAGAGUCGGGACUGCAGAGUUUCUUGUGCAGCUUGAGAGAAGAAGAUCAAUCAAAGUGUUUGGGAGAAACACAUUGAUUGGACUGGCCAUAUGUUUCUUUGCUGGUGUUUGCUUUUCUCUCUUCUCACCAGCAUUCAAUUUGGCUACAAAUGAUCAAUGGCAUACAUUGAAAGAUGGGGUUCCUCACUUGGUUGUCUACACUGCUUUCUUUUACUUCUCAGUGUCUUGUUUUGUCAUCGCCAUCAUCCUAAACACGACCUUCCUUUACUACCCUGUGCUGGACUUACCCAAAUCAUCAUUCAAGGCUUAUGUGAAUGACUGGAAUGGCAGAGGCUGGGCCUUUCUGGCUGGUCUCCUCUGCGGGUUUGGCAAUGGUCUCCAAUUCAUGGGAGGCCAAGCUGCAGGAUAUGCUGCAGCUGAUGCUGUUCAGGCACUUCCACUAGUGAGCACUUUCUGGGGAAUUAUUCUGUUUGGAGAGUACAGAAAAUCUUCAAGAAGAACAUAUAUAUUGCUACUCAGCAUGCUGUUUAUGUUUAUUGUGGCGGUUGCUGUCCUUAUGGCAUCAUCAGGGCAUCGAAAAUAAGAUGAAACUACAUACACAAUUACUCUUUCAGUUUUUAAGUAAAGCAUUCAUAUAGGUCUGCAAAAGCUUCCCUAUUGGUCUUUAGGAAAAAAAGCUAUAGUCUAAGGAAAGAAGAUAAUCAUGAGUAAUCUGAUGUACGUGUAUGUGGUAAUUAGUUUUAGAUAUAUUGUUAUGUAUACUAGAAGGAAAAACUUUGGGUGCA